AUGGACCAAUGGAAGAAGGUGUCCUGGUCUGAUGGAUCACAUCAUGUGGACGGCCAGCUUCCAGGACUUAUAGGACCUGCUGCUGACGUCUUCAUUCCUGAUGCCACAGGACAGCUUCAGAGCUCCGUGGAGUCGAUGGAUCAGGGCUGUUCUAGUGGCAUGGAGGGGACCACGGCAUCAGAAGAGGUCCAACUGGAGCCGCUGAAUUCAACCGUGCUGGAAGGUUCUGAUGUCCAGUUCAACGCCACGGUGGUGGGAACAUGGCGGGUCAUGACCUGGUCGGUCCAGGAGUUUCUGGUCCUCACUGUCUCCUCAGCUGGUGGCAUAAUCCCAUCGUCAGAGCAGUUCUCUGCCAGGUUUUCCAGCGACAACCGCAGCGUGGAGUUCACCGUCCAUAAUGUGACCCGCAGUCAGUCCGGUCCAGUCACCUGCACCGUGCAGGGAAACUUCAGACCAAAGACAGCACAGCUUUAUGUUCAAGAGAGCGGUACGGUCAGCAUCGUGGGAGGGAACAUGACGGUGGAUCAGGACCAGCAGGUAGAGCUCCAGUGUCUAACAACUGCUUGGUUCCCCGUUCCUGCUGUCAGCUGGACCCAGAACGGUGCAGCUGUGAACAGCAGCUUGUACAACACCACCAGCAUGGCUGACGGGGAUUCCUUCAACUCCACCAGCGUCCUGACGUUCCAGGCAGUCAGCGACACAACGGUCACAUGUCUGGCGACUGUGCCGACACUAAAAAACCCACAAUCCAGCUCCAUCUUCUUGACGGUUGUUCCCAAACCUCCUGACUGGACGGUGCUGAUCGCUGUGGUCGUGUCCUUAGGAAGUGCUGCUCUGCUGGUUCUGCUCAUCAUCGGGAUCAUCUUCUGCUACAGACGCAGGAAAGACAAAAAACCCAACUAUCAAGAUGAAAUGAGGAGAGUGACGAGCCAGUCAGGUGGCAUCAACACAGCCGGACAGAAGCGAGGACAGGACAACGCAGCAUAUGCACCGGAGGGUCAGACAAGUGGCGCUCCCAGUCACCUCUCCGACAGCGGCUUCUUUCAGAUGCCUGACGUUGUGAACAUCAGCCACUCAGGACAAGGCAGCAGCAGCACCGACAACACGGUGGACGAGUCCGGCUUCAGGAAGCACAGACAUGUCACCAUUGUCAAACUGCUUCUGGAUGAGCUGGAGGAUGAGCUGGAGGAACAGCUGGAGGAUGAGCUGGAAGAUGAGCUGGAGGAUGAGCUGGAGGCAGCACUCACUGUGGACCAAUCAGAUGAAAAGAAGAACAACCUCCCCCAGGACUUCGACAUCGACAUGGACGACCCGGAGACGGAGAAGGCUGCCGUGGCCAUCCAGUCGCAGUUCAGGAAAUUCCAGAAAAAGAAGCAGGAUGUGAAGUCGUAG